AUGCUCAAACUCAAAAAUAUCUUCGCCAAGACCGAAGAUAGACCAACUCCACCAGAAGUUUACAAUUGGCGUAUCUAUGGUACAGCACUGGUAGCUUCAACGGCCAGUGUGCUUAUUGGCUACGACACCGGGUUUGUGGGCGCCUGUUUCACGAACGAACACUUUCUCGCAAAUUUCGGACUAACUCCCAACACUACGCACACAGACGACACCGUAUCCAACCUGAUCUCGUGUUUCCACGCGGCGGCGUUUUUUGGUGCCCUUUUGUCAUAUCCACUAGCCCAUUACUAUGGCCGUAAAGUGGCGCUUAUAGUAGCGGCUGGAAUCGCUACUAUUGGCGCAGCGGUUAUGUUGGGCGGGGUAGCGGGCCAUUUGGCUCCCAUCUACCUUGGCCGUGUGUUUACGGGACUCACCGUAGGCGCCGCCACCAACUUAACCGUGGUUUAUCUCAGUGAGGUGUCCCCGGCACCCAUUCGUGGCCAAAUCAUCGCAGCGUUCGAGAUCGGCUGGCGUGUGGGCGAUCUUGUGGGGUUCUGGAUUAAUUACGGAAUCAGCCAGCACGUCCCCCCGGGUAACAAACAGUGGAUUAUCCCCGUCGGCGUGCAGCUGAUCCCCGCAGGACUUUUUUUCGUCGGGUCGUUCGUGAUGCUCGAGUCCCCACGUUGGCUGUUCCAGGUCAAUCGGCACGAAGAGGCCAUCCGCAACCUGUGCUUCUUACGUAAUCUGCCUUCGGACAAUGGCUACAUGGUAUGGGAGAUCAAUACCAUCCGGGACUCGGUAGAGGCCCAGAGUGCUCAGAUUGGACCCGGCUUGUUGGAUCCUGCCAAAGAAGUGUUUGUACGCAACCGCAAAUAUGCCCGCAGAUUGGUGAUCAGUGCGUGCAUGUUGGUGAUCCCCAACUUCAUGGGAAUCCAGUCGAUCAACUAUUACUCGCCCAAGAUUUUCGCCAACAUCGGGGUCAAGGGCACCAAUGCUACGUUGUUUUCGUCCGGGAUGUUUGGCGUGGUCAAGUUUAUCUGCACGUUCAUCUACAUUUUGUUCAUCGUGGACAAUUUCGGAAGACGUAAGGCGUUCAUGAUCUCUGCUUCGGCCUGUUCGCUGUGUUUUUGGUAUUUGGGAGCGUAUUUGAAGAUCAACGACCCUACCAAACCCGGAAACGUCGCAGGUCCCGGAGGGACCGCCGCAAUCGCGUUUAUGUUCAUGUGGACCGCGUCGUUCAUUCUGGCCUGGUCUGGCGGGCCCUUCGUGUGGAGUUCUGAGGUUUUCGAACAAAACAUCCGCACUUUUGUCCAGGCCAUCAAUGCCGCCAUGUCGUGGGUCCCCAUUUUCAUCAUGACCCGGCUCACGUCCACCAUGAUAGACAAGAUGCAAUACGGGAUCUUUUUCUUUUUCGCCGCUGUGGCCGCUUUGGCAGUCCCAUUUGUGUUUUUUUUGGUGCCGGAAACCAAGGGUAUUGCGCUCGAGGACAUGGACCAUUUGUUCACCAAGGGCGUUCCUGCUUACCGGGCCCAUCAACGGGUCAUGCAAAAGGCGUCCCAGACUGUGCUGGAGGAGCAGAGCUCGGUCCGGUCCAUGGACAACGACCCAUCCAAGAAGCCAGAGACCAAUUACAUCGAAAACGCUGCAAUCCAGGAAAUACAGCCCGUCUUUUCGCGUGUUUAG